ACUCGAAAUGCUCUUGCUCAAGGUGCUGAUGUUGUCAUUGAUCGGUGUAAUUUUGACAAGAGACAGCGAGAGACUUGGUUGCGUAUUGCUAGGCAGUUUCAUGCCGAUGUCUAUUGCCUUGAGCUCAAGACGAACCUUGCUCUAUGCCGUGCGCGCAUCAUGAACAGGCAUGAUCAUCCAACGCAAGUUCAAGGGACAUUUGGGACAACUGUUCUCGACAGGCAAAAGGCGCAGUAUCAACCG